GGCAGGAAAGUAUAACGAUGCGAAUACGGACAUGUAAACAGCAGGCACGCUAAGUCUCAGGCUUUCUAUUCCUAUUUACCGAACGGUGUCACUGAAUAGAAAUGGCAGAUUUUGCAGCCCUUAUUACAGAGGCCAAAGUGGAAGAUUUGCACAGAGUUUAUAGAAAUGCCAAGAACGCUUUCCUUUGCUUUACGAGACUCGCUGACCUGAGUUGGGUUGUGUCGGUAACCGAUGGUGUAGAUGUGUGGAGACUGGAGCUCGACUAUGACGAGUUAGAUUCACACAGAGAUCUAAGCGGUGUUAACAGUAUGAGUGCCUUCCUCACUAAAUUUAGGGAUGGGUUUGCAUCGGGUAAUCUGUCUGUUUCAAGAAGUGGCACUAAGGUGACACUGACAGUUGGAACUGGAGCUUCAGCCUUCACCUUUGACCUCUAUGAAGCCAAGGCAGCAGAUAAAAAGACUGAACUCCAGACAGUUUUGUUCCGUUUGGCUGACCAAGCAACUGACCUUAAUACUAAACUAAAUGCUGCAAAUGUUCAAAUUACAAAUCUUAAAGCACAGAAGAAAGCAGGUGGUGAUAGGAGUGCUCUGUUUGAUCUUGGACCCAAGAAAGGAGCAAAUCCAGCAAAGGCAAAGCCGAAGAAAACAGGCAUGAGUGUGUUAAACCCAUCCAGUCGGAAACGAAGAGCUGCAAAAGGAGUUGAAUUUGAUUAAGAGCUUUAAGAAGUAUCUAUAGUUUGCAAUUUUAAAGUCAUGGAUGUGCUCUAAAUGUCAUAAUGGGUUUAAGAAUGAAAGGCUGGGACAGGUUCUCGAGUUGAGUGAGUACUUUCAGUGAUUCAAUUUUAUGUUGCAAAUCCCAUCAUAUUACUUAACAUGUCAGGGGAAAUAAUCCUUCAUCAACUUUUUCUGCAAUCCUUGACUGACAAGCAACUCUCCUGGACAGAGGAAAACCUGGUUGUGUGAUGUAUAUUAGGAUGUAUAUCCUAAGAUAGCCUUGCAUACUGUUUGACAAAUCAUUCUUGUACAUGCAGAAGUAUAACAAAUGUUACCAGAAGAAUUGGUUCUUCCUUAAGGAAUAAUAUUGUCUAUCAUUCAUAAUUUCCUACAGCAGCAGCAUUUGCAUUCAUUUCUAUUAAAUCACAUACUAAUCAUUACUGAGAAUCAGAAUGAUAGAGACACUUGAUUGUAUUGCAUACCACUAUUAAAAGAUUUAUAUUUCA